AUGAAGGAUAGCUUAUACCAAAAUCUAAGAGAAAGAAGAUGCAGUGGAGGAAACACAGCGUUGAUGAACAGAUAUAAGAGAAGAUUAACCAAUAGCGCAUACAGUGAUAACUCUGUCAUGUCACAAUUAACAAUAGAGAAAACAUUGGAAGGGCACGCAGGAUGCAUAAAUACUCUAGAUUGGUCUUCUUCUGGCGAGUUUCUAUUAUCUGGUUCAGAUGAUACCAGAUUGAACAUUUAUAAUGCUUACAAUAACUUUUCUCUUCAAUGUUCUAUUCAAUCUGGUCACUCCGCAAACAUAUUCUCCGCUUACUUUAUGCCGAAUACAUCAGAUCGUAUCAUCAUAUCCGGAGCAGGCGAUUCAGAAGUGAGGAUAUUUGAUUGUGCCAAAGAAGCUCCUUUAACGAAUAUGUAUGCACAUGUUCGUUCGUUUAUGACAGCGCAGAGAGUACCAACGAGACAGAUACCAAGACCCCAUGGCCCGGGUGUUUCCCGUGGCUGUCCAAAGCCACUCGUUGAUUAUCGAAAAUACAAACUGGAUCUAAAUACCAUUUCGAUUAACCAAUUGAACCCACAUUAUUUUGCAGUUGCUGGUCAAAACGAAUAUAUUUAUCUUCAUGAUAGAAGAAUGCCCUCCAGAACUGAUGCACCAACAGUAGAAUGCGUCAAGAAAUUUACAUCAACGUCUGAUAUCUUUAGAAGGAAAGGGAAACAUGUUACUGCUGUCCGGUUUAGCGAUUAUAAUGGUUAUGAAUUAUUAGGAAGUUGGUCAUCUGAUGGGGUUUAUCUAUUCAAUAUCAAUGAUUCGCCGCUGGAACCUUUAUCCAGAAACUCAACAUUUGAAUCUUUGAUUGAACCACGUAAUCUGAGAAGUCGCACUAUGCUGAGAACAUCAAGACAGUUUAUGGAUGAAUAUGAACGAAGAAGAAGAAUGAGAAGUACAGAAUGGAACAGUUUAUUAAACACGUUCAAAACAAAGCCAUAUACAGAGACGAUCAAGUCAAGUAAAAAGCUACUACAUCACGCCGUACGAGAUCAUCUACAGCUUUCAAAUUGCACUAGCGAAAAAGUGCCGUACAAGGACAAGUUAAUAGAGGAGUGCAAGCUAGUCGAAGUGAGUGCAUUGAUGAUUUCGGCAUUAACGCGUAUAAGAAAAUUGAUAGACAAUUCACCCGACCAUGUCAUAAGGGACGAUGUAUCGACCGUUGCGUUUACGAAUAGAACCCUUGAAGAUUUUACCAAUCGCGACUUUUUAUUGGCAAAAGAAGAACUAGCACAGGCAAAGCGUAUUGCCUCACACACAUGGAAAGGCCAAUUUGGUUUAGCUAUAGGAUAUUUUUAUGCAGGUUGUCUCUUGCUCUCCUUCCAAAAUUGUCCUCAUCGAAGACUAUUCCUGCAUCAAGCAAGACUGAUCCAUCAAAGGGCAUGUCGCACUUUCUCUGCACUAGGAUUAAGUGACUAUGCUAGUAGGAAAGACCUUGCGUUCACGAUGGUACGUGAGAUAGAAUGCUCAAGCUGGCUCAAUUCAUUUCGUCAUGAAAUACUCGAAAUGUGUCGAACAGCAGGAAGCUUAACCAGCAUGAGCGAUCCUGUGGAGAUUCAUUGGGAGUAUUUACGGUAUAUGGUAAUAGACGCUGACAUUGAUUUGUCAGUAUACAAAAAAGACGACUAUGAAGAUGAUACGCGAAUGAUCGUUGAUGAUGAUGAUAAUGCUCAUGGCACGACAGAUGAAGAUGACAGUGAUGAUGAUUCUUCAAGCGAUGAUGAGCAAAACGACGAUGAGACGAUAAAUAUAUACAGUGACUAUGAUUUAACAGAUGAUGAUAUCUUGGAAGCUGAUUCUUCGGAAUUUGCUAUACAUCGAUUGGCCAUUCAUGGAUUUAUUCUUAACCACUUCUUUCCGGAUGAUUUGGAUCUUGGUGCAGGAAACACAGACAAGAAUAUUUACCCAGAGGCUAGUAUUGUUCCGCACAGAAAGAAAUUCACGGGUCAUCGUAAUAUAGAAACCGUGAAAGAGGUUGACUUUUUCGGACAAUCCGAUGAAUACAUCGUAUCUGGAAGCGACGAUGGAUUAUUAUUCAUAUGGGAUAAAAAGACUGCAAAGAUUGUACAAGUGUUGAAAGCAGAUGAUGAAGUAGUGAAUGUGGCCAAGGCACAUCCUUAUUUACCUGUGCUUGCCGUCUCAGGUAUCGACACAACAGCCAAAAUUGUGACACCUAAAGCAAAACCAUUUUUGACGUCAAGAGUGACUGAGCCUAAAAGAGCAUCCUCCUAUUCCCCAUCUUCACGUUUAUAUGAUCUAGAAUAUAUCAUUAGCAAGAAUCAAAAAAUUCGAGGCAUCAAUGGACAAAAUGAUAUAGAAUACUUGAGUAAUAUCUACAAGGCACAGGAUAUUGUAGCAGCAAUGGGCCUUAAACUGGAAGAGAGUAGUUAUCACAAUUAUGAUGACAUUGAAUGA